UCUAUUCCAGUCUCAAUCAAACUUGCGCCCAUCCCACGUGCAUAGUGAAUUCCUUGCACCGAGGCGGCGCAGACAAGGGACAUCUUUAUCAUAAAUAAUGAUGCUGUUAUCAAGCCGCCUACACCUACACAACACAGCGCACAGCUCAGUCGAGUCUCCGCGAUCGUCGCACGCGCAUUGUUGACAAGCGAAGCCAUCCGCGCGCCGACACCAUAAUGAACGUAACCAUGAACACUGACGUUAUAAUGACUUCCGAAGGCAUGGACGGCGUUUUGCGUGCGAAAAUAAUAACCAUGGUGACGCUGUUCAGUGUGUCCAUGCUGUUCGGAUGCUUGCCGAUGCUUCUUUCCCUGAGAUUUGACUGGUUCACGAAAAGCACCGGGGAUGUGCGGAAUUCUAAUCAGUUUGUGAUGGGGCUGCUGGCGUUUGGUGGUGGUGUGCUAUUUGCCACCACGUUUAUGCAUUUGCUGCCGGAGGUGGACUUAAAUAUACAGCUGCUUCAAGAGGCUGGUGAUCUCGCAGACUUACCGCUGUACCUGGCCGCCCUGAUAAUGUGCGGUGGAUUCUUCAUGAUGUAUCUAAUAGAAGAGCUAGUCCACGUCUACAUUAAUAGUAGAGAGAAUAAGACUGCGAAUACUAGCUUUACUAGAGUGCUUAGUAUUAGGAGAACGAAUGCUCCUGAAGGUGAAGAGCCUUUGAAGGAGGUGAGCGUCCCUAGUGGGCACGGGCACAGCCACGCGCCGCUGGUGUCCGGAGACGACGCCGUGGCGGUGACGCUGAGGGGGCUCCUGAUUGUGCUGGCGCUGUCCAUCCACGAGCUCUUCGAGGGGCUGGCUGUGGGGCUCGAGGCUUCCGCUGCUAAUGUAUGGUACAUGUUCGGCGCAGUCUCGGCUCACAAGUACAUCAUCGCCUUCUGCAUCGGUGUGGAGCUCAUAGCGGCUGGAACCAAGCGCUGGCUGUCUUUGGUCUACAUCUUCACGUUUUCCUUCGUCUCCGCGCUGGGUAUCGGAGUAGGGAUCUUGCUGGUCGGCGGAGCUGGCGCGGCUGAGGCUGGACUAUACUCGGUUAUACUGCAGGGCCUGGCCUGCGGUACGCUGCUGUACGUGGUGUUCUUCGAAGUAUGGCGGCAGGACCGCUCAGGGUUACUGCAGUUCAUCUGCUCCGUACUGGGCUUCGUUGUCAUGGUGUCACUUGAGCUGGUCGUGGAACUCUUCGUCGUUCCAGAUUAGCAGAAGAAUUGAAAUACCUUUUACCAGGAAGGAUGUGUGUGAUUCCAGUGUUUUUAAAUAUAAACCAGUAAUACUGAUUACAUUAGGUACUUCAGCUUCAAGUGUAAAAUGAACUCGGACUCAAAGGCUCAUUUAAACGGCAAACGAACUCGCAUGCGAUUUAAGAAGGUACAUUGCGAACUAUUGACGUUACAUCCAAUUCCAAAGACGACCGAUCAGAUGCCGCUUACAGUUUGGCAAAAAAGAGUAGGUAUAGAAAUUAAACAUCUUCGUGUCAUGCCUUUCUUAUCAAUAUGUGCGAGAAAACGAGACAAGACGAUGUUGCUACUUUUCAAUUUUAGUUUUUUGCCAGGGUUGUAGGCGAAUAUGCUCCUAUUCGGAAUUUCCCAGAAGGAUUUGACCACAUUGUCCUUAUCUAGGAAAAUUACAUUUUUUCCGUGCCUUCCCCUCUAUUUUGUUGGGGUGGUUUAGGUAUCUAGGUGCGUAAAGAUAUUAUAUAACGUAUCAUGUGAAUAGUAGGU